AUGCAAAAAAACCCGCGUCACUGCGUGUGUGUUGACCCACUACGAAACCGGCGAUACCCCGUAGCUACAGUAAUUGUGGCCGGAAGGGAUUCGAAUGUCAAAGCCAAGCGCGAAAUGAAAGAGAAGAUGAAUUGGUAUCUAGAGAGCCCUCAAAACCAGAUCAAGACGACAACUCGAAGCUUGACGUGGAUAGCAAAUGCCAACCUGAUGAAGUCAAACAUCGGCUCGAUGAUCUGGUAUCGAAUAUUGGCAUGGCAUCAGUUCAAGGUGCUUCAGAUUCCAGUAUUGCAAAGAGGCAAGUUCAUGGAAGUUUUUCAUCGGCUAUAUUCAAUUGACCAAGAGAUACGAUUUUCUCAAGACCUUUACCUUCUUAAUGUCGUGUGCGCUAUUAGCGUAGGUUUAAUUUUCAAUACCAAAAGUGACGUCCAAGGCUAUGAAGAGGAACGCCAGAAUAGCCACAAUAGAUCCUUUGCAUCCUGUCCCCAGAAGAGACAGAACUUAUUCCAAGACUAUCAAGCAGAGGAAUACCAUGCUUCCGCUGUCGCGUAUUUGGAGGAUUUUCUUGGGUCAUGGCAAAGCUCUAGCGGCUUCGGUGGCCUUGAGAAAUUGCAGGUAGUGUUACUUUUUGCGAGCUUCGCCUUGAUACGACCUGUCACGCCCGACCUGUUGUAUAUAAUAGGUGUUGCAAUGCGCCUUGCGAUUGACCUUGAGAUGCAUUAUGAGGAUGGAACUGGAAUUGAUUCUAUCGGUGAGCAGGCGGAUGACUAUAAAAGAAGAUGGGAGAUCGGCUCUCACGUGCGUGGGAGGAAUGGGUUCGGGAUCUCCGUCGCCGAUUAUUAUGGUGUACCUACAGCUUUGACUGGUUGCCCUACCAUGACGAAUGCUGAGAAUGCGGAGGAUGAGGAUGAUAUUUACCUUAAUGUUGCGGAGGCCGGGAAUGAGGUGAUCUUAGAGAAAUGCCUCCCUGCAGAAAGCUGUCUGGAUGCUUCUGAACGGAUGAGUAAAGCAACUGUUCAAAUGUGUCUUUCUACGACCGGAUUUGGCUCUGAUGCCGCUAUGCUUGGAGCAACUAGGCUGAAAGCUGCUGGAGAACCUGUUUCACCCAAUAUUGUUGUUGAAACGGUACAAAUUUAUGAAGAACACAGUUCUCAUCCAUGUCCACGAGCGCUCAGCAGCAGGGAGAACAACAUCCGGCAGGGCCAACACCAAUACCGCCACCUGCGUCCCCAGCAGCAAGAAUAUUCCUGCUCAAACAAAACACCACGCCUGCAGCAUCUCCUCAAAACGAGCACCGGCCCUUUAACGUCCCAGUCCUCGCACAACGGUGACCGAGAAUACUUCUCCAACAGCAAAUCCCCACACGUAAUGUGCCGACCACAUUUGACGCACGCUGCCUCAACCUGCCCCGACGCUAGCAUCACCCAUAACCGAUAA